AUGGAAAGACAGAGUCCUAUUAUUCAUUACACUCACCCGGCGACGGACCUCGUUCGAACAGCACGCAAACGAAAUACAACCUACAUCGGCAAUAUCAUGGAGCAGUAUCUAGCAAGCCUCCCCUCUAAAAAUCUGGAGCCUCUGUGGAACAGAAUGAAUGACAUGGUUCCACCUCUUCCCAAACCGAUGGCUAAGCCUCACAUGUGGAAAUAUUCCACGUCGCUUCCAGACUUAUUGACGGCGGCUAGACUAGUCCCUGAAGAGCAAGCAGAUAGGCGCGUACUGAUGCUCGUGAACCCAAGCAUACCACCCCCACACACGACCGACACAAUCUAUGGUGGCCUACAGAUAGUGAAUCCGGGUGAGUCUCCGCCUGCGCAUCGACACAUCGCAUUUGCGUGCCGCUUCAUUAUUGAUGGCGAGGGCUUCACGGCGAUUGAGGGCAAGAAGAUGUCUUUGAAGCGCGGGGAUCUGAUCGUCACGCCCACAUGGCAUUGGCAUGAUCAUGGCAACGAAGGCGAGAAGCCUUUUGUGUUUCUGGAUAUGCUGAAUCUACCACUGUUUAUGCAUGCUCGCGUGCAUUUCACUGAAGGAUAUUCGGAGACGCGGUACCCAAGCACUCCUUGCGAUGAGUCUGAUUGGUGCCAUCCUUGGGAUCCUGUCGAGAAAGACUUAAGGAGUCAAAUUGGAGAUCAUGCUAUCUAUCGCUACAAGACCAGGGACGGCAAACAGCUUUCCACAUCAAUCGGGAUGCAAGCUGAGCGUAUCAGCCCUGGAAAAUUUAGCAGCGCCUCUCAGACUAGUUCGUCUUUUAUCUAUCAUUGUUAUGAAGGAGAAGGCUACACCACGAUCGAUACACCUUCGGGUGAGCGCUAUACUUUCGACUGGGUUACAAAAGACACGUUUGCUGUGCCUGCGUGGUCGAAGAUUCAGCAUUUCAACGCUUCGGAUGAAAACGAGGCAUUUUUGCUGGCCGUGAAUGAUGAUCCGUUUCUAGACUUGCUGGGUUUGAGGCACCCAUGA